AUGAAAUUCAAUAAAGAGGGAAUAAAGAAUCAUGAAGUUUUGUAGAAUAAAUUGUUAUGGAAUGAAAAUGUGAGAUUGAAAGAAUAGAUUGAAAAAAAUUAGUUAAGUUAAAUUUUAAUGAAAACUUGA